CAAUCCUCUUGAUAAUAAUAAUGACUAUUUUUUUGAAUGAGUUUCCCUUGCCGUUUGGGUGGGUCGAAGUAGUGUGAAGUGAAGUCCUAGUAGCAAUACGUGGUGGUCAACUCGUAACCAUAUAUGGUUGUUAAGUCCAAACUUGAAAUGGCAGAAAGAACCAUCUCUUUUAUUUAUUUAUUUAUUUUUAUUUCUAUAUUUUGGAUAAAUAAGAAAAGCACAUCGAAUGUCACAGAUUUGAUUUGAAGCACUGAAUUCUGGGAUGAUGGAUGGAAAACGUUUAUGGUAUUAAAAUCAAAUCCAACAGAUUACAUAUAAUAAUGUCAAGGUAUCCGGCAUAAAUAAGUAUAAAUUAUUAAUUCCAAAAGAGAUUUUCUACUAUUAAUAAUUUGUUAUUCUAUUUUAGCAGAAUUAUUAAUUAUUAUUAUUAGUAGCAUGGAAGAAGAAAGGAUGGAAUAUGAGAAGUAGGUAGAAGAAGAAUGUCAAAGAAAAAGAAAGAAAAAAGAAGAAGAAGUUGACCAAUCCAAAAGUUAAGAAUAAAAAACAAAAGGAAUGACCACGUGUGAGUGGUGACGUCAUAUUAAAAGCGACAGCAUGGAUUCUAGAAAAAGAUCCCAUUUGUACUCGUUCGUCCCGUGGUACGUCGUUUCUUGGAAGCCUGUGUGUUUGGGGAAUUGCGAGCCCUCUGUUUCUGUUGCCUUCAUAUACAAAAAAGGGUUGGGUUGUGUUGUGUGCGCCACUCUGAACAAAUGUUGAGUGCUUAAUUUGGCUCUCCCCUUUUUUCUCUUCGUUUAAAUUUCUUGGGAUUUUGGAAAACAUUUUUCAUCUCCGUUGGAGCAACAUGGGCUAUUGCCCAUGUUUCGGGUUCAGGAAGGGGAAGAAGCUCAAGGGCGACACAGACGAAGAGAAAGACGUCGGGAAGACGACAAUACGCAAGCCUGAGGAGAAUGUGGCUCAAUUGUCUUCUGAAGAUGGAACUAAUGCAGAAAAUAAGGCUCAGACAUUCACCUUCCGUGAGCUUGCAACUGCAACUAAAAAUUUUAGGACGGACUCCUGUAUCGGAGAAGGUGGAUUUGGGGCUGUAUACAAAGGAAAAUUGGGAUCUGGUCAACAGGUUGUCGCAGUAAAAAAACUCGAUCAGACGGGUCUUCAAGGAGAAAAGGAGUUUCUGGUGGAGGUUCUCAUGCUUUCUCUUCUGCGUCACCCUAACCUUGUCAGUUUAAGUGGUUACUGUGCUGAAGGGGAGCAGCGCCUGCUUGUCUAUGAAUUCAUGCCCUUAGGGUGCUUGGCAGAUCACCUCCACUAUCCUCCACCUGGUAAGGAGCCACUUGAUUGGAAUACAAGGAUGAUGAUAGCUGCAGGUGCAGCCAGGGGAUUGGAAUAUCUUCACCAUGAAGCUGAUCCACCUGUAAUAUAUAGGGAUGUAAAAUCAGCUAACAUUUUAUUGGGCGAAGGUUUCUUCCCAAAGCUUUCUGAUUUUGGGCUUGCAAAAUUUGGUCCAACCGGAGAUAGAUCGCAUGUUUCCACCAGGGUCAUGGGUACUCAUGGUUACUGUGCUCCUGAAUAUGCUAAAAGCGGAAAGCUGACAGCAAAGUCUGACAUUUACAGUUUCGGGGUAGUAUUGUUGGAGCUGAUCACUGGACAUAAGGCGAUUGAUAGCAAUCUUGGUCGUGAGAAGCAUCUUGUUGAGUGGGCACGUCCUUUUAUGAAAGACCACAAGAAUGUUGCGCAACUUGCGGAUCCACAGCUUAAAGGUCGCUUUUCAGUAUCUGUCUUGAAGAAAGCCUUUGAAGUGGCUUCCAUGUGUCUCAGAGAAGAUGCUGGUGCCCGGCCUUCAAUGAGGGAUAUUGCGCUUGCUAUGGAUUACUUGGCAUCCCGUCCAUAUAAUGAACCAAAUGAGACCAACAAGGUUGAAGUAAAGGGUUCAGGGGAUAACUCUCCAGAUGAAACAACUAUGUUAAACAAGGAGUUGGAGAGAGAAAGAGCUGUUGCUGAGGCCAAGGUGUGGGGAGAGACUUGGAGAGACAAACGAAGACAAGGAACUCCAUAAACGACUUGGUUCCCGAUAAUGUUGGUGGUAGGGAUAGGAUCAGGUGGCUUCCGGCUAAAGAUGGAGUCUAUACUCUAUAGUACUGCUUGUGCUUGGGAGAAACUCAGAAAUUCUAGGCCUCUGACAGCUUGGGCUGAUCUGUCUGAUGUGAAUUAGCAACAAUAAUGUUGAGGGGGAGGAGGUUUCCAUCCUUUGGUUAGCUAACAAAGGUUUUGCUGGAGUCUCAUGAGUACAUAGUACUCUAGAGUGCAUGGUGAAUAUGGGAUCAUUUCUGGUCUCAUCUUUGUUAAUUGGGCUGCUGUGCUGUUGAAUGGAAAGGUAAACAAUUGCAUUAUGUUAUGUAGUAAAAACGCUUUGCCUGGCUCUGGCUCUGGCUCUGGCUCUGGCUGGCUGGGAUUGUGGAUCAUAUCUGGAGGUGGAGAAAUUAUAGGAUUUUGGGAAUGAGAGCAAAGCUUGCCAUGGCUGUGCUGUGUUCAACUUUUAAGAUUUCGAGUCUUCCUGUGGAUGGCCAAAGCUUGUGCUGCUCAAAUUGUGUGAGCCAUUUAUGCAGUAAUCUUCCUGUAAUUUUGAAAGCUGCUGGAGAGUCUUCCUUUGUGUCUGUUGUGUUGCCCUCUGCUCUGUGCAAGGCUUUGCAUUGUGUCUGUUCUGUUGUGUGUGCUACUUAUAGUGGAAGUGGUUAUUGACGCUGUGAGUUAUUUCUGUUUUAUUAUUCAUACCUUGUAUUAUAUUAAGAAAAGGCACAUAAUCUCAUCAUUUGCAAUUUGCAAUUUGCA